UGUGAUUUAUUUGUUCUCUUCAGGUCUGUUAUUGUUUGUGUAACUGUAUUAUGGGAGCUGUAAAUUUGCUCUAUUGUCAGCUGCAAGUUAUCUAUAUUGAGUUUUCAAACAAAUUGUUAUUUCUAAUAUUCUAAUCCUCUUUAUUCUUGAAUCCUUUCCGCAGAGAUGGUCGAUUCAUUAGGUGGUUCAUGUUUUGAACGAUUUCUUCUGCUUUUUUGGUCACAAAUUGGAGGAAGAUAUUUUUCUACAUCAUCAUGGUUCGAGAAAAAGAUGUCUGUUGGGAAUACUGUGAGAAGUUAGAAGGAAAUAAGGUGAGAUGUAGAUUUUGUCAAAAAGUUCUGAAUGGGGGUAUUAGUAGAUUGAAACAUCAUCUUUCUCGACUGCCUAGUAAAGGUGUUCAUCCAUGUAGCAAAGUAAGGGAUGAAGUAACUGAUAGGGUAAGGGGCAUUAUAGCACUAAAGGAGGAAGGGAAAGAAGCUGCUAGUGCUAAAAAGCAACGGCUUGCAGAAACUAAACCUCCUGUAAAUAUGCCUGCAAGUAAAACUCUCAUUUCUAUGGAAGCAAUGACACCGAUCACAAAAGUAUUUCCUUCUGGCACACAGAUGGCCCCAUCACCUUCGUUUGACAGGGAAAAUGCCGAGAGAAGUAUUGCUUUGUUCUUUUUUGAGAAUAAACUGGACUUCAGUGUUGCUCGUUCUUCUUCCUAUCAAUUGAUGAUGGAAGCAGUAGCAAACUGUGGUCAUGGCUUUCGAGGCCCAUCCUCAGAAACCCUGAAGACCACAUGGUUAGAGAGAAUGAAAACGGAAGUGAGCCAACAAUCAAAAGAAAUUGAGAAAGAGUGGGCCACCACUGGUUGUACGAUCAUUGCAGAUACAUGGACAGACAACAAAUCAAGAGCUCUGAUAAACUUCUUAGUGUCAUCGCCGUCAGGAACCUUCUUCCACAAAUCUGUAGAUGCCUCCACCUAUUUCAAGAACACAAAAUGGCUUGCGGAUUUAUUUGAUUCAGUCAUUCAAGAUUUUGGCCCGGAAAAUGUUGUUCAAAUAAUCAUGGAUAAUGCUCUGAACUAUGUUGGUGUUGGGAGUCAAAUCAUGCAAAACUAUAGCACCAUUUUCUUGUCUCCUUGUGCUUCUCAUUGUUUGAAUUUGAUCUUGGAAGACUUCUCUAAAAUUGAUUGGGUUAAUCAAUGUAUCCUACAAGCACAAACUAUUUCUAGGUUUGUAUACAAUCAUACAUGGGUGCUUGAUCUAAUGAAAAAAUUCACUGGGGGGCAAGAAAUUGUUCGGACCGGUAUCACAAAGUCUGUGUCAAAUUUUCUCUCCUUGCAGUCCAUGUUGAAACAGAGGUCAAGACUGAAGCACAUGUUCAAUAGUCCAGAUUAUUCAACUAAUCCUGCUUAUGCUAAUAAACCACAGAGCAUAUCAUGUAGAGCCAUCCUUGAGGAUAAUGACUUCUGGAGAGCAGUUGAAGAGUGUGUGGCUGUUUCUGAGCCUUUACUGAAAGUGUUGAGGGAGGUUUCUGGUGGAAAACCUGCUGUGGGGUCCAUAUAUGAGUUUAUGACCAAGGCCAAGGAAUCUAUUAGGACAUAUUAUAUUAUGGAUGAGAAUAAAUGCAAGACGUUUUUAGACAUAGUGGAUAGAAGGUGGCAAAACCAGCUCCAUUCACCUCUACAUGCAGCCGCAGCAUUUCUGAAUCCUAGUAUUCAAUACAAUCCUGAAGUUAAAUUUCUUGGCAUGAUAAAGAAAGAGUUCCUUGAUGUUUUGGAGAAACUUCUACCAACACCCGAAUUGAGGCAUGAUAUGACUGGACAAAUUUUUGCAUUUAAAAAGGCACAAGGGUUGUUUGGUUGUAGCCUAGCAAGAGAGGCACGCAAUACAAUAUCACCUGGUCUCUGGUGGGAACAGUAUGGUGAUUCUGCCCCUGGACUGCAACGGGUUGCCGUUAGAAUUCUCAGUCAAGUUUGCAGUGCUUCCACUUUUGAGAGAAAUUGGAGCACAUUUCAGCAGAUCCACUCUGAGAAGCGCAAUAGGCUUGAUAAAGAGACUUUGAAUGACCUUCUUUAUAUAAAUUACAACCUCAAGCUAGCAAGCCGGAUGAAAGGGAAGCCCAUAGAGACUGACCCUAUUCUAGUUGACGACAUAGACAUGACUUCAGACUGGGUAGAAGAGUCAGAAAACCCCAGUCCAACUCAGUGGCUUGAUCGGUUUGGUUCUGCUUUGGAUGGUGGUGACUUGAAUACAAGACAAUUUAGCAAUGCCAUGUUUGGUGCAAAUGACCACAUCUUUGGUUUGUGAUUGUGCCAACUUUUAUUGCCUAGUACUUAAUUUGUGGGGUUUCAUUCAUAAUUUUGUUUUAGUGUGCCUUAGUUUGGAUCCUCCUUUAGCAGUUACAGUUCUUUAUUUAUGACAUGUAUAUUAAUGAAAUAUGUAAUAUUAUCUUGUUAAGGAAUCUGCCUUUUGCUUUCUAGUGAGAAACAUCGCAUGAACAGAAUGUUGCUAAAAUUAUAGAAAAUGAAAAUUUUCUUUUGUGCCUUUUCUGAUUGCACAAAGUUAUAAAUUAUGCUUAUGC